GCUUCAUUGUAUAAGGAACCUGGGUUUUAUGGUAACUAUCACGAUUGUUGCAGAACUAAGAUAAACCUUGAAGCUUCGUUCCGUUUUGCGCUGGAAAUGACCUCAAUUCACAAUUCAGUAGUCCACUGUUGUGGUACAAAAAAAGGUAUCAUGGGAUGGUCCACGAAUACGGUCAGAUUUUUUGCUGUCUUUACAUAAUGCCGUUUUACGGCGUAAAACAUAUUGAUUGCCAAUGUCUUGCCCCUUCCUUGUUGUAAUUUAUCCAGUGCUAUGACUUCAUUAUUUAAAUGAGCAAAGACAAGAAAUAAUGGUGCAUUAUUUUUAUUUACUCUUCUGUAUUCUCAGUUUUUAGAUGCAUUGAGAUCCGGCGCUGUUUUAUUCAGCGCAUCUUGCUGCGGUCUUAUUUUUGAUUUGUCAAUGCAGUAGUUUCCAAGGUCAACCGUAUUACUAUAAUCACCAGGUUCCUUUUUUUCUUUUUUACCCGCCUGUUGCAGUAACACUUGAUGGGGAUCCACAACACACUUUGCGACGUCUGAUGUAAGUGAGUACCAUAACAUGGGGAAAAAAACGCUUCUUUUGAUUUUGCGCGGCGAAUAUACUCGCGUUAAUAACUCAGAGUUGCGAAGUUUGGGUGAGCUCCCACAUCCAUACUCAUAGGGGCUGGUUUAGCCCACUCGCUGCAGUGCUCGCCUGUACACAACAAGACUGACUUAUAGUAUCUUUUGGUUUGUACCAAUGUUCCCCCGCAACGUAUUUAAAUUUCUUUUUUUUUCGUCAACCACUCUAUCUAUCGCGUCCAUUUGUGAGUAGGCUGUAGGGAUGGUAUUGAACCUAAUAGGUUAGUGUCUCUUACGUUUGCUUCUCGGAAAAUCUCCUUCACUAAAGCCUUUGCUUGUUCUAAAGACGCACCCUUUAAGUACUUCCUGCUCAAAGUUUCUUUGAUUUAAGUGGCUGCAUGCAAUAGCAUUUUGUCAGACACUAAGAAGAAAAAGAAAUUCUGUGCAGCAAUCCAUUUUUAUUGGAAUGAGUUCUUCGUGACAUCCGACAUGAAGAACCUUAUGACGGAUAAGAUUUCAAUCUGAAAGUUUAAAAAUAGGAGAUAAAAGCCCAACGUUCGUUAGUGAAUUCAAUUUUCCAUAUCACCACGUGCUUGGACUACUUCCUAUUUUCAUCUCCUUUCUUUUUUCUCCUUUGAUCGGUGUGAAUUUGUUUUGGCAUCUAGAUAAUUUCAAUUGCCUAUACUUUAAUCACUACAGUAAAGGUUUGACAUUUGGGGGGACCUCAUGAAGAAAGUUAGAGCAACUAAAUUAGGAAUCGACCGUUUGAAAAGGUCCUCAAUAAAAAUUUCUAAGGGCGGUCUCAGGCGAUCGCUUCUCGUUGCGUUCAUUAGCACUCUUUUCAUAAUCCUUUGCCUCUAUUGUAAUGCUAAAUUAACAAAGACCCCCCACGUGCCCUUGGAGAAUCCUGACAAAAAAACAAAUGAUAUCUUUGUUCGCACCACAGAGCCUCGUGUUGUCAUUUUCGUUUUGAGCAAUCAAAUUGAUGAUACACUUUGCUACUCAGUGGGCUCAGCCUACCUAAGCGGGCUGCCCGUGGUAGUAAUCGGCUAUGUGGAGCUGUCUGAAGGGUUGGAGUCCAAAUUUGACCUCACCGAAAGAGCCAUCGUUAAUGCUGACCUAAAUCCAAACGAUGUGGUCAUUAUAUUGGACUCCGAGACCCUCUUCACUGGUGGGGAUUUUGAUUCAUUCCUUGAUCGCUUCAUCGCGCAGUCCGCCGCAACGUCGGAGGAGCUGGAUGGACUAGCCGUACGGCAAGAUUUUGCGAUGGCACCGCUUUUAGUUGGCACGGAGUGUGGCUGUUUUCCAAAGAAGAUCUACCAUGAUGUUUGUGCUUAUCGAUACAAGGUUACUUAUGACAAAGUGCAGAGGUAUGCUGAGGCGCACCCGAAACUUAACCUCACCUUGCUCUUCAAUUUAGUACCACACCCUUACGUCAACUCGGGUGUUGUGGUUGCUCGUGUGUGGGCGUACAAGGAAUUCGUUCAAAAGGCUAACCAUUUUGCCAAAACACGGAUCUCACCUUUAAAUAACGAAAAGGAAUGGAACUUGGAUCAGACGAUUUAUGCGGCGCUCUAUCUGGAUCUCCUAACAUGGGAAAUCGAGCAGGAUGUCUUCUUGAUGCCAGUGAAUGAACGCGAGGUAGCGCAGUCACCCCACGGUGUUCGUGCAGGAUUCCUUGAGUUAGACUUCGCCAAUGCGUUUUCGUCCCAUCUUUCUAAAGAAACCAACUCCCUUUUCGAGCUACACAAUGAGCACUGGGUAAAGCACCUGUCACCGGACGACGGACCGAUGCCCCCCUACUCGCGCAACUUCACUGAUUUUAUAAGUAUGAGUCAGUAUGUUGCCGGCCUUUACAACCAGGCGUACACCGUAAGUGGUGGCGCGAUCUUCAUUAAUCAUACGGUGCCCAUGAUGGUUAACGCGAAAAGGGUAGAGAAUGAUGUGAUUUAUCUCAUCUUGACACCACCGCUCUUGGCGCUCAAACUGAGGCCUAUCGACACCAUGAACAACACGAUACGUCGUACGUUUCCAGUGGUUAUUCAUACAGGAAACCUUGAAUCACGUUUCUUAACUUUGAAGCGCCUGAAGCAUGCUUCAGUGGGUCUGGGGUGGUUUACAGCGAUGGUGCAUAACUCAUGCAUCCAUUUUCACGCCAUGGAGCAUUUAGCAUCCCUUCCGUUGUUUAUAUACGAGCGUGACAAUAUCAUACGAAAAUCCUACUUCUCCCAAUGUCAUCUCCCGUUCGAAGAAACCAUAGAGAAGCUAGGAGUUCGUUGA